GAUUUCAUUCACCAUUUUCCUGAACCUGGUUAUGGAGCUUGGUUGUUUUUGUUUCCAGAUCUAAAAGUUAGAUGUUUUGAUAUUAAAAAGCGGAUUUUAUGAAAUCUCAGUAAUUUUGUAGUUAUUAUAUUGAAUAUUUUGCAUAAAUUUUAGCAACAUUUGUUUUUCGUAUUACAAACCAAUUUUUAUUAUGAAGUUGUGUUACUUCAUCGAUCACCAUAAUAUACGUUUUACUGCUUGGAAGUGAUUUAAAUUACGGUUAUCUUUUCUGCAUAUUUUUUCUGUUGCUCCAUCAACAACAAAAAAAGGAAUAAAAAAAUGGAUAAAGAAAAAAAUUUCACAUGUCAGCAAUGUGGCAGAAGUUUCUAUCAAAUGAAUCAGCUAAAACAACACUCAAUUAUUCAUAUGCCGGAAGAAGAACGCCCAUUCAGCUGUUACAUUUGUGCUAGAAAAUUCAACAGGCUUCAUCAUUUAAAGCUUCAUUUAAUGGUUCAUCUUGGACAGAGUCCACACAUAUGUGAUGUAUGUGGUCGCACUUGUAAUCAAUUAAGUGACUUGAAAAAACAUCAAAUGAUACACACUGGUGAACGACCACACACCUGCCCCAUCUGUGGAAAGGGUUUCAUACAGAUUGGAGGCAUGAGAAGACACAUUCAGAAACACGAAGAAGAAUCCGAGUUAUCUAUGGAUUGUAAAACGUGUGGUAAAACAUUUACUAAAGUUGGAUUUUUUAAGAAGCAUAUUCAAACACAUAGUGAAGAUAAGCCUUAUAAAUGUCCCCUAUGCAAAAAAUCUUUUCACCUUGAAGCUGGUUUAAAUCUUCACCUUGUCAUGCAUAAUGGUGAAGAAGAACCUCACACUUGUGAUAUCUGUGGUAAGUCUUUCAAGCGAACUGGGAACCUUGAAAAGCAUUUUGUCACUCACUCUGGUUCUCUUCCCUAUAAAUGCAGUACUUGCGGAAAACAAUUUCUACAGCUGGGGAGUUAUAAGAGGCAUGCUUUGAGACAUUCGAGCAUAGUAAAUGCCAGUUUUAUUGUUCCUGAUAAUAAUUUAUCCACUAAAAACUCUGAUUCCAAAUUGAGUAGUGACUCUUGGAUUAUGAAUGAUGAGCAAAUAGUUAUUAAGACAAUCGAUCCAAGCUUGAACAAAGAGUUAGAAGAAACAAAGAUUAAAAAAGAGGAAGAAACAUUUAUGAUAGUCAUAAAUAACACAAAUAUUGAUGAUAUAACUAAUGAUUUACUGCGAGAAGCUAUUGCGUGAAAAAUCUAAUUUUUUUAAAAAAAAAAUCAAAUUCACUGUGUGAGUUGCCAAGACUAAUAUAUUCAGAACAACUCUGGUUAAUGCAUUAUUCUGUUACAGAGAGUUAUAAAUGUAAUUUGUUAAAAUUUAACGUAAUUUUUUUUUAGUUGUAGAUAAUUCUGCUAAGAAAUUUAAUAGAUUUUGGUAAAAUCAAUCUGUAUUUUUUAUGAACGAUAAUAAUUUCUCAUUUUCUGAAAGAUUACUAGCAUAAUUAUGUAAAGUAUAUUGCUUAGAUAGGCAAAUCUUUAAUUUUCUGAACAUUUAUUAUUGCUUCUUAGAAGUUAUUAGUUUUAAGAAUUUGCAUCAAUAAAAUCAUGGUUAAUUUUGA